CUUGAUCGAGGGGAGAGAUGCGCCCUUAACAGCCGUGGAGAAAGAGGGGAAGGGAAGGGCACAGGGAACACAUGAAUCUCUUUUCAGUCUCUCGCCAACUGUACUCUCCUUUUUGGACUUCGUCGUUUUUCCUUUCCCGCGGGCUGAAGCGUGUGUUUUGCUUGGGAGGAGAGCCUAGAACUGAUUUCUCACCAACUGCGUAAAAAUUAGAAGACGCGCAUUGUUGACUGGCUUUAUGUUGCGCGCUGGGUCUCUCUCCUCAUCGGACCAGCGCACUUGAUGGGAAUAUACAGAACAUACGCUGGGCUAUAAUGGUUGAAUCGGGUAGGAAUGGACUGGGUUGUGGACUCUGGAAGCUAGUAACAGCAGUCAAUGAGGACAUCCAUCUUUAAAAGGAGUGCAGAUUUUUCAUGGAGAUCUAUAGAUCUAUAAAUGUGCUUAGUUGGAACAUAACUCCAUUGAGGUAUACUAUCUGUCCAUCGUUUUGUUUUCUUUUUUCCCUCCGCCCUCCUUGGGUCAGCCUGACUGCAGCCUUAGCCCUGAACUCUGAAACCAGCAAGGAACACUGAGUGAUUGGUCAUUACAUCCAAGGGCAUCUACACAGUAAAAAAGCCCUAGGGAGCCCUGCUGCUGUUGGUGGUGGUAGUGGUGGCGCUAGGCAGGGGCGGUGAGUCAGUCGCCUCAGUGGUUACAACAAAUGAUUCAUUAUUUGCGAAGUUAACAGCUCAGACCACUUAUUCUACAAGGACCAAUUACUUACUGGAGGGAACCGGUCCAAUAUGAAGGACGUGUCAUUUAUGGAUCGUCUCUUUGUUGGCUUGGCCAUGGCCUCUUUUGUUGUGGCCACCGAAGAGAGGCUUGAUUGUCCUCAGCUCUGUGUAUGUGAGAUUAGACCCUGGUUCUCUCCCAGCUCAAUGUACAUGGAGGCUCCGACAGUUGACUGUAAUGACUUGGGACUCUUUAGUCUGCCGGGACAACUACCAGCAGACACACAAGUACUAUUGCUGCAGACAAACAACAUUGCCAAGAUUGACAAACCAUUGGAUUACCUGGCCAACAUCACAGAGAUUGAUUUAUCGCAAAACAACUUAUCCUCCAUCAGCGACAUCCAUCUGGGGCAACUUCCUCAGCUACUGUCCCUUCACAUGGAAGAAAAUUGGAUACAGGAGCUGCCCGAAAGCUGUUUGGCUGAGCUAGCUAAGCUUCAGGAGCUCUACAUGAAUCACAACCUCAUCUUCUCCAUUUCCCCCAAGGCAUUCCAUGGUCUCCACAACCUCCUCCGUCUCCACCUCAAUUCUAACAAGCUGAAGGCCAUAAACAGAGAGUGGUUCGAAGCCAUACCAAAUCUGGAGAUCCUUAUGAUCGGAGAGAAUCCAAUUGUUUCUAUCGAGGAUAUGAACUUCAAACCUCUCGGAAACCUCCGCAGUCUUGUUCUUACCCGAAUGAACCUGUCACAGCUCCCUGAUGAUGCAUUGGCUGGCCUUGACAACUUAGAGAGCAUCUCAUUCUAUGAUAAUAUUUUCCCUGAGGUGCCCCACUCUGCCCUGAGAAACCUAAAGAAUUUAAAGUUUUUGGAUCUAAAUAAAAACCCCAUUGGGAGGAUACAGAGAGGAGACUUUGUGGAUAUGCUCCAUCUGAAAGAGUUGGGAAUAAAUAGCAUGCCAGAGCUAGUUUCCAUCGACAGCUUUGCCCUCAAUAACCUCCCUGAACUGACCAAAAUAGAAGCCACUAACAAUCCUAAACUCUCCUAUAUCCAUCCUAAUGCUUUCUACAAACUGCCUCGGUUGGAGACCUUAAUGCUAAAUGGUAAUGCACUCAGUGCCCUCCACAGGAUUACUGUCGAGUCCCUCCCAAAUCUCAGGGAGGUUAGCAUGCACAGCAACCCCAUUCGCUGUGACUGUGUUGUCCGCUGGAUGAACAUGAACAAGACGAACAUCCGCUUUAUGGAGCCUGAUUCCUUGUACUGUGUGGAGCCACCGGAGUAUGAGGGCCAGCAUGUCCGACAGGUGCACUUCAGGGAGAUGAUGGAGAUUUGUCUGCCGCUCAUCUCUCCCGAAAGCAUGCCCGGGCAUAUCAAAGCACAGAAUGGGAGCUCGGUAUCACUCCAUUGCCGGGCCUUUGCUGAGCCAGAGCCGGACAUCUACUGGAUCACCCCAUCUGGUACCAGGGUUCUGCCUAAUACUGUGUCCGACAAGUUCUACAUGCACCCAGAGGGAACUUUUGACAUCUAUGAUAUAACAGAAAAUGAGGCUGGGCUUUAUACCUGUGUUGCCCACAAUCUGGUUGGAGCUGAUCUUAAAUCUGUUUCAGUAGAGGUGAACGGAUAUUUUCCCCAACCUAAGAAUAGGUCUCUAAAUGUCAAAAUCCAGUCAGUGGAGACCAACUCCAUCCUGGUUAACUGGAAAGCUGCCCAUGGUAGCCUGGCUCCUAACAUUAAAUGGUACACUAUGACAGAUGCUAACCACCCUACCAUGGUGUUUACUGCCAGAGUUCCCUCUGAUAUCAAGGUCUACAACCUCACCCAUCUCAACCCAGCCACUCAGUACAAAGUAUGUGUGGAUGUCCGCAGCAUCCACUACAAGCAUGACACCAAAUGUGUCAAUGUCACCACUAAGGGAUUAGAGCUGGCAGCCAAGGACACAGAAAAAUGGGACGCAGCAGUAAUCACCGUCUUUGGUGUGCUCCUGGCUGUGAUUUCAGUGGCCUGUCUGCUUAUUUAUGUGUCUCUGAGGAACCACCACCUUUAUGGGGAUUUAAGGAAAUGUGACUCCAAAGCUUUGCUGACACCAGUGGAGACUCCCGGUAUACACUCUCCUUUCUUUACGAGGCUGUGGGUCUCAGGUAAAGGACUGCCAAGUGGAGUGGAAGUGAAAGCCACAGUCAUAAAUGUAUCUGACAAUGCCUUUUAAGAAGCGCAGCUCUGUAUAGAGCACUACACACCAACCACAGAGAAUGGACAAGGCCAUGGGUGGGGGAGGACAAAUCUGUAGUGUUGUUUAAAAGGCAUAUGCUUUUGUGGGCCCCCGGCUCAGAUAUACCGGCAGAACUAUCAUUGGAUUGGGGUGGAACAAUUUAACACAGACUACAUACACUCCCAGUUUCAACUCUAGCUGAAGUGGUGGCUUUGUAACCAUUACAUCACUCCAAGUUAACAUCAACAGGAAGGGGCAUUUACUGCAAAAAGAUAUAUUUCAAUACCACCAUUCAUACAAAAAUGCAGACAGAGUACAGAAAGACAAGAUGGUGAUGGUCUACUCUCUUGUAAUUGACUGUUAAAUGUGUUCAGAGUCGUGGAACUGUCCGUGUGGUCCCAAGCAAUACCGUCUGUGCUUUGUCAAACAUCCAUAGACGAGUUAGAGAUACAGUAAUAACACCUGUCUAUACUGGAAGGGGAGAUUUAGUAGAAUAGACAAAUAACAGUGACUAUGGUGUAAGCCUUUUGAUGAAAUAUACCCCCCUUUUUCUAUUUAAAACUGGAUUCUUGAUUUUUCAUGGAAAUAUUGUUAUAUAUUCUAUUAUGUUGAUGUAAUGACAAAUCCUCUGUAUCUGAACAGUUUAAAUGGGUUUUAAAUUAAGGCAAGAAGCAGACUACUCUCUUGAUUACAACUUCACGUUAAGCUUAAUGAAAUUCAACUACAGAAUGGGUAUCUUGAGAGGACAUUUGCCAAAAUGGCUGUUUGUGCUGUGUAGUUCUCAUAGCAAUGGUGACUGGGAAAAAAUGGGGAUAUGUUGGACAAAAACAAAUAUAGCAGACUCGUAAGGUGGAGCUGUUCGAUGUGUUAUCUCCCUGUGAAGGAUGGAAAGUGGUCUGUUAUGCCCCGGUAAGUGCCUACAACAAGAACUACAUGAGGUCAGCAGAAAAGAUGCCGAAGAAAUAAGUCAAAAACACAGCGAAACAUGGCCAUGUCAUCAUCGCAGAAUCACAAGCUAUUCUCCAGUACUUUUAGUGGAAAUACUUUCUCAGUAUUUUUAGCAUACAUAUUUUAAGAAAACAUUGCGUUGUUGCUUUGGGUGUAAAGUUAAAAAGCCAUUUUUAUAUUAACUGUACUAUAUGUGAUCAAUGGGCACAAUGGACUAAAUAAGAAAAGUGCUAAGAAAAAAGAAUAAAUGUCAUUGUUUCUUUUAC